AAAAAUGGUAUGAUGCUUCCUGUUGAAUUCUGGAGAAACAAACACCGCCUUUGUUGAGUUGACUAAAACGAGCUUUGAGGUCAAGGGAAAAAUAGGGAGACGGAGACCACUGGUUGGCCUUAUUACCGAGCAGAUUUUUCACCCAAUCUCUGCGUUUUCUUUCCAUAGAAUUGAAUUUUCAUCCACUUUCCGUCUCACAGAAAUCAAAUUUCUAGGUUUACCUUUUCGUUUUCUCAUUCGCCAUUUUCAUCAAUACACACAGACUUGCCCGUCAGAUUCGUUCUUCAACAUUCCCAGAAGUCCAAUCCCCAGUUGAGGUUUUGCAUUUAAUUCCAACUGAAACCCACCCAUCUACACAUUCCCACUUUCUGAUUCCACAAUGGGUUGCUGUAGCAGCACGCAAAAGCCAACAUCCGGAGUUAAUGGCUUUGAUUCGGCGACAGGGAUUGCAGCCAGAAGUCCAUAUCAAGCUUACCAACCUUAUCCUCAAUCUCAGUCGACUGUCCCGGCUCAGAAGGUCUCAGCCCCUCAAACCCAAAUCCCAUCCGACAGAAAUCAGCCUCAGCCUCGGCCACCGCCGCCGGCGCAACAUCCGCCGUCAGCUUCGGCUUUUCCAAUACCUGCAGCUGCUGCUCCCAGAACAGUGCAAAAUCAUCCAGAAACCAUUCUGGGCAGACCCUAUGACGAUAUUAAAAAAUACUAUACUCUUGGAAAAGAACUGGGUAGAGGUCAAUUUGGAAUUACCUAUUUAUGCACCGAGAAUUCCACUGGCCAAACUUACGCCUGCAAAUCUAUACUGAAACGGAAACUCAUUAGUAAGAAUGACAAGGAAGAUAUGAAGAGGGAAAUUCUGAUUCUGCAGCAUCUUUCUGGACAACCAAACAUUGUGGAGUUCAAAGGUGCUUAUGAGGAUAGGUAUUCGGUUCACCUGGUGAUGGAACUUUGUGCUGGUGGGGAGCUUUUUGAUAGGAUUAUAGCGCAGGGUCAGUACUCUGAGAAAGCUGCUGCUGAAAUUUGCCGUGCAAUUGUGAAUGUCGUUCAAAUAUGCCAUUUUAUGGGGGUUAUGCACCGUGAUCUGAAGCCUGAGAAUUUCUUGUUGUCUAGCAAGAAAGAGGGAGCAAUGUUGAAGGCAACUGAUUUUGGACUCUCUGUUUUCAUUGAGGAAGGUAAAGUGUACCGCGACAUAGUGGGCAGUGCUUACUAUGUUGCUCCUGAAGUAUUGCGGCGAAAUUAUGGGAAGGAAAUUGAUGUCUGGAGUGCAGGAGUUAUUUUGUAUAUCCUUCUUAGUGGCGUACCUCCAUUUUGGGCAGAAAAUGAGAAAGGAAUAUUUGAUGCCAUACUGCAAGGAGAAAUUGAUUUUGCAAGUGCACCGUGGCCAACAAUUUCCGAAAGUGCUAAAGAUCUUGUGAGGAAAAUGCUGACCCAAGAUCCGAGGAAGAGAAUUACUCCUGUACAAGUUCUAGAACAUCCAUGGAUCAGAGAAGGUGGAGAAGCAUCAGACAAGCCAAUAGAUAAUGCUGUUCUGUCUAGAAUGAAGCAAUUCAGGGCGAUGAAUAAGCUUAAGAAGCUUGCUUUGAAGGUCAUCGCGGAAAACUUAUCCGAAGAAGAAAUCAAAGGACUUAAAGCUAUGUUCGCAAACAUAGACACUGACAAUAGUGGCACAAUCACCUAUGAAGAAUUGAAGACCGGUUUAGCUCGGCUUGGUUCGAAGCUGUCAGAAGCUGAAGUGAAGCAACUAAUGGAAGCUGCUGAUGUGGAUGGAAAUGGAUCAAUCGACUACAUCGAAUUUAUCUCUGCAACCAUGCAUAGGCACAGACUAGAAAGAGACGAGCACUUGUACAAAGCAUUUCAGUUUUUUGACAAGGAUAGUAGUGGAUACAUUACAAAAGAUGAAUUAGAAACUGCAAUGAAGGAUUAUGGCAUGGGUGAUGAAGCCAGCAUUAAGGAGAUUAUCUCUGAGGUUGAUACAGACAAUGAUGGUAGAAUCAACUAUCAGGAAUUCUGCGCAAUGAUGAGAAGUGGAACAACACAACCAGGAAAACUCUUUUAAUUUCUGAGAAUCAAAUUCGAACUUUAAAGCGGUGUGUAAUAUAAUGCGAAUGAGUUGCUCAAAGGACUUGGAUCUGUUCCCAUGGAUCUGACUGAUUACCAGGACCUCUUGAAUUCGAAUGCUGUCAGAAUCUUCGUUUUUUUUUUCUUUUUUCUUUUGCUGCCUUAAUUUGGGAGUAGCUCUUCUCUGGGAAAUGGAGGUAAGUUUUGUGUAUAUGUAGUUUGUUUUUGAAUUUUUUCUCUCUCAGUUGUUACCCAAUUAAUGGAUCUUGCAAGAACAAGCUAAUAAUUUUCAUUCUUCACAUUUUCCA